UUUUGCUCGCUAGCGCACAACGAAAUUAUCAGUGCUUCACUGCGAAAACUGACGAUCAUGUAAAAAAGGCUCGAAGCGAACUGAAAGCGGCACAAAAUGGCAACACAAAAGCCAGGCGAGUGGGCAAACUCACUUUUGGCACGGUUUGAGGAACAGCUGCCCUACCGCACCGGUCCCCAUGGGACCCAGGCGCGCCUCAGCAUCGACCAAACGAUGACCUGUUUGAUCCAGAUAUCGCGCUACCGCUUUUCACUGGUGAUCUCCGGCCUAACGAAGAUGCUCCAACGGGUCAACGAGAUUUUUAUUAUCUUGCAGUUUCAGCCGCCGGCAUGUCGGGGACACGAGCCGGAACGCUGUUGCUACGAUUCGCUGAUCGUUAUCCUAGAGACGCUGGAGCGUUGCCUGUCCGGGCAGUCCAAGGAUACGGCUCGGUUUGAGGAAGCGAUGAAUGUGAAGCUGCUACUGAGGGAGAUUUGUCAGUUUAUUGACAUUCAAAACGAGAACAACCAAAAUGCAGCGUCACUCAAGGCUCUUGCUUCGAAGGUGCUUUACGCGCUCUCCCAGAACCAUUUCGGGGCCGUGUUCAAUCGCAUCUCGGCUCGCUUGCAGGAGCUGAGCACCUGUUCAGAGGAGAAUCCCGAUUACAGCGAUAUCGAGUUGAUACAGCACAUCGAUUUGGACGUGAAUCGUCUCACCAAACUGCUAACGGAAACCAUACAGAAGUUUAAAUCGCUGAAAAAGUCUGCCCAUUUUAUUUUGUUGAACUCGCUGGAGAAGGCGCUUUGGAAUUGGAUCGAGUUCCACCCGAAGGAGUUUGAAGACUUGCAGCGAAAUCCUAACGAUGAGCUGUCGAAAUGCUGCGAGACGUUCUUUGAUAUAUUGGACUCGUACGCAGAGAAUAAAAAGGCUCGAUCGGCUGUUUGGCCACUGCAGAUAAUGCUGCUGGUUCUGAGUCCAAAGGUGCUGGAGGAAAUAGUCAAUGCGGAUUCGGGAGCACCUUGCUCUCCGAGGCAUUUGAAAAAGAAGCAUUUUAUGGAGGGAAUCAAGAAAGGAUUGGGAGCGCAUGCUUCCUCCAAGCAGUCCACCGAAUCGGCUGCUAUUGCGUGCGUUAAGCUCUGCAAAGCUUCCACGUACAUAAAUAUCAACGACUCGAACAAUGUCACCUUUCAGCUUGUUCAGAGCGUGAUAAACGAUUUGAAAUCUCUGCUAUUCAAUCCGGCAAAACCGUUUUCCCGAGGGCAAGGCUACAAUUUUCAGGACAUCGACUUGAUGAUCGACUGCUGGGUGUCCUGUUUCCGGAUCAAACCACACAACAACGAAGCGCUGAAGGUUUGCUUAAGCCUCAGUUCGCCCCCCGCAUAUCACUUUGUAAUUGUAAGUUCGCUGCUGAAAAUCGUAACCCAAGCUAGGCUCCCGUGGUGGCCCCAGAUUGAUCUGGUGUACGCUCGCUCGGGAGAGCUGAGAGCCCUGUUCACCGAUACGCUCAACAAGGCAACCCAAGGCUACAUUGCGCACACUCCGCUGCGAAUGAUAACCUCGCUGACGCUCAAAUCCAAAGACGCACAAAGUCGACUGACCCGGCCGGAUGAGGGCCCGGCGCACAAAGCGCUGCUGCUGCUGAUGGUUCGUUUGAUUCACGCCGAUCCGAUGCUGCUGUUGAACAGUCUCGGCAAAGCGGGUCACGAGGUGCAGAGCUCAACGCUGGAGCUGAUCAACGGGCUUGUGUCGCUUGUGCAUCAGCCAACGAUGCCGGAUGUGGCACAGGAGGCAAUGGAGGCACUGCUGGCUCUUCAUUCUCCCGACAAGAUAGAGGUGUGGAAUCCGGAAGCUCCGAUUAACACUUUUUGGGAUGUGAGCUCCCAGGUUUUGUUUUCGAUCUCCCAAAAGCUGAUUCAGCAUCAGAUUGCUAACUACACGGAUGUGCUGAAGUGGCUGCGAGAGAUUCUAAUCUGUCGCAAUACGUUCCUUCAGCGACACAAAGAUUAUGCCAACGUGGGAAGUCAGAUCGCCAUUUGCCGACAGGCGCACAUCAAGCUGGAAGUGGUGUUCUUUAUGUAUUUGUGGUCGGUUGAUUUGGACGCGGUCAUGGUUUCGCUCUCCUGCUUUGGAUUGCUCUGCGAGGAGGCUGAAAUUCGUUCCGGCUCGGAUGAGAUUACGGUGGGUUUUAUCCUUCCAAACUACCACCUGUAUCAGGAGCUGUCGCACGCAUCCAGCACACUGGCCACGCAGAAUCUCGAGUCCAGGUACAACUUCUAUGAACACACCCAGGGAAGGGCCGCCCUGCAGAAAAACAUUAUGUCUUUGGUGCGAAAGAUCGAGCACUGCGUCAACGGCGUUCAGCCAGCUUGGGAGGAAACAUUUCGCAACUGGGAGGUUACCUCCAAGGUGCUGCAGAAUUACCCCAAGGGCAAACCCGAGGAUGGACAGGCGGAAGUUUUCCACCGAAGCAUGGGGAAGAGGCGCGCGAGUCACCAGAGCUCCGAGCACGAUCUCGAAGAGCAGAUCUCCGAGUGGGCAAAUAUGACGUGGUUUCUGUUGGCGCUGGGCGGCGUUUGUCUGCAGAAACCGAGAAAUCAGCGACUGACACAGAGUCAAAUGCUUCCGAUUGGGAUCAGCGGGCCUUCGUUGAUGCAGUCGACCACUUCGCUUUCGAGUUCCAGCUCUGGGCGGGGUUCGAUGCAUCCCAUCAUGGGUUCUCUGGUGUCUUCGAUUGCCGGUGCCAGCCAGGAUGUUCAGUACUGUCCGGUGACGCAGUUUAUUGGACAGCUGUUACGUUUGUUGGUGUGUAACAAUGAAAAGUUCGGGCCCCAGAUUCAGAAACACGUGAAAGAGCUGGUAGGGCAGGAAAUGUCCGCCCAGCUGUAUCCGAUACUAUUCGAUCAGAUCCGAUCGAUAGUGGAGAAGUUCUUCGACCAGCAGGGACAGGUAGUGGUGACCGAUAUCAACACGCAGUUCAUCGAGCAUACGAUCUAUAUCAUGAAGUCGGUGCUGGAUGGUCGCCAAAGCAAGGAUCAGAACGAUCAACCUUCGAAUGCGGAGCAUCUGGGUGUGACGAGCAUUGAGAAUUUGAUGCUGGCGAUCGUACGCUAUGUGCGUCAUCUGGAUAUGACGGUGCAUGCUAUUCACAUAAAAACGAAGCUCUGUCAGUUGGUGGAAGUGAUGAUGAAACGCCGGGACGAUCUCGCAUUUCGACAGGAGAUGAAAUUCCGAAACAAAUUGGUUGAGUAUCUGACCGAUUGGGUAAUGGGGACAUCCCAUCAAAUCGCACCGCCAAGCUCCGGCGAUGUAACCAUAAUAACUCGCGAUUUAGAUCAGGCAUGUAUGGAAGCAGUCGCAGCACUUCUGAGGGGACUCCCGUUGCAGCCGGAGGAAUCGGAUCGUGGCGAUUUGAUGGACGCGAAAAGCGCUCUCUUUCUGAAGUAUUUUACAUUGUUCAUGAACCUUUUGAGCGACUGUGUGGAUGGUUCGGAAGCGGACAAGGAUUCCAACAAUCCUCCGCUGCUCCCUCCGCGACCUCGUGUGGCAGCUGGAAAGCUAAGCGCUUUGCGGAACGCAACCAUUCAGGCGAUGUCGAAUCUUCUCAGCGCAAACAUCGACUCCGGAUUGAUGCAUUCCAUCGAUCUUGGCUACAACCCGGAUCUGCAAACCAGGGCUGCAUUCAUGGAAGUGCUCACCCAGAUCCUCCAACAGGGAACGGAAUUCGACACCCUUGCCGAAUCUGUCAUGGCGGAUCGAUUCGAGCAGCUGGUUCAGCUCGUAACCAUGAUCAGCGACAAGGGAGAACUUCCGAUAGCGAUGGCUCUGGCCUCGGUCGUUACCACAUCUCAGAUGGAUGAACUGGCCCGGGUUCUGGUGACGCUCUUCGAUGCCAAACACCUGCUUUCGCCACUGCUCUGGAACAUGUUCUAUCGUGAGGUGGAGGUAUCCGACUGUAUGCAAACUCUUUUCCGGGGAAACUCGCUCGGAAGCAAAAUAAUGGCUUUCUGUUUCAAAAUAUAUGGAGCCAGCUAUCUGCAGGGCUUGCUGGAACCUCUGAUUCGUCCGCUGCUGGAUGACCCGGUCACAAGUUUCGAAGUGGAUCCGGCGCGCUUGGAGACCACCGAAGAUAUUGAAACGAAUCGAAAGAAUUUGAUAGCCCUCACCCAGAAGGUGUUCGACGCGAUUGUGAACUCCGCGGAUCGCUUCCCUCCGCAGCUUCGCUCGAUGUGCCACUGCUUGUACCAGGUGUUGAGCAAGCGCUUCCCCAACUUGCUGCAGAACAACAUCGGGGCGGUUGGAACGGUGAUUUUCUUGCGCUUCAUCAAUCCAGCGAUUGUUUCGCCCCAGGAACUGGGCAUUGUUGGUAAACAGGUUCCCACCCAGAUCAAGCGGGGCCUCAUGCUGAUGUCCAAGAUUCUCCAAAACAUCGCAAACCAUGUGGAAUUCUCCAAAGAACAACAUAUGCUGUGCUUCAACGACUUUCUACGAUCGCACUUCGAGGGAGGUCGACGAUUUUUCAUCCAAAUUGCGUCCGAUUGCGAAACCGUUGAUCAAACCUCACACAGCAUGAGUUUCAUCUCGGACGCUAACGUGCUGGCGUUGCAUCGCCUACUGUGGUCCCAUCAGGAGCGAAUCGGCGACUAUCUGUCCAGCAGUCGGGAUCACAAAGCCGUUGGAAGGCGACCCUUUGACAAGAUGGCUACAUUGCUGGCCUAUCUGGGACCACCGGAGCACAAACCGGUGGAUUCGCAUCUGCUCUUUUCCAGCUACGCCCGCUGGAGCUCGAUCGAUAUGUCCUCGACGAACUUCGAGGAGAUCAUGGUGAAACAUCAGAUGCACGAGAAGGAAGAAUUCAAAACGCUGAAGUCGAUGAAUAUUUUCUACCAGGCUGGGACAAGCAAGGCAGGCAAUCCGGUGUUCUACUACAUUGCACGACGCUACAAGAUCGGCGAAACCAACGGCGACUUGCUGAUCUAUCAUGUGAUCCUCAGCCUAAAACCCUUCUGUCAUUCACCUUUCGAGGUGGUGAUCGAUUUCACCCACACCUGCUCGGACAAUCGCUUCCGGACGGAGUUCCUGCAGAAAUGGUUCUACGUGCUCCCCGAGGUCGCAUACGAGAAUCUCCAUGCAGCCUAUAUCUACAACUGCAACUCGUGGGUGCGGGAGUACACAAAGUUCCACGAUCGUAUUCUUGCACCCCUCAAGGGGUGUCGGAAGUUGAUCUUCCUCGAUUCUCCAGCCAAACUGAACGACGUCAUCGACCCCGAACAGCAGAAACUACCCGGAGCAACGCUCUCGCUGGACGAAGACUUGAAAGUGUUCAACAACGCACUCAAGCUGAGCCACAAGGACACAAAGGUAGCGAUCAAGGUGGGACCCACCGCGCUGCAAAUCACGUCCGCUGAGAAGACCAAAGUGCUAGCGCACUCGGUGCUCCUGAACGAUGUCUAUUACGCGUCUGAAAUCGAGGAAGUGUGUCUUGUGGACGAUAACCAGUUUACGCUGUCCAUCGCCAACGAAAGCUCUCAGCUGAGCUUCAUCCACAAUGACUGUGACAACAUUGUUCAGGCGAUCAUUCACAUCCGCAACCGGUGGGAGCUAAGCCAACCGGACUCGGUUACCGUGCACCAGAAGAUCCGCCCCAAGGACGUUCCGGGAACGCUGCUGAACAUGGCGCUCCUUAAUCUGGGCUCAUCCGAUCCUAAUUUGCGGACGGCAGCUUACAACCAGUUGUGUGCGCUGACGGCAACGUUUGAUCUCAAAAUCGAGGGUCAACUGUUGGAAACUCAGGGGCUGUGUAUCCCGUCGAAUAAUACUAUUUUCAUCAAAUCGGUCAGCGAAACACUCGCCAACAAUGAAUCCCACUUGACGCUGGAGUUUCUGGAAGAGUGUAUUCAGGGUUUCCAGAGGAGCACCAUCGAAUUGAAGCAUUUGUGUUUGGAGUACAUGACCCCGUGGCUGGGGAAUAUGGUACGUUUCUGUAAGAACUGUGAAGACAACAAGCGGCAGAAGCAAGUGGCCAUGAUUCUUGAGAAAUUGAUCAACUUAACCAUAGAACAAAAGGAGAUGUAUCCAUCGAUCCAGGCGAAGAUUUGGGGAUCAAUCGGGCAAAUUCCGGAAUUGAUUGACAUGGUGCUGGAUAACUUUAUCCACAAAUCGGUAAGCUCCGGGCUGGGAUCUCCACAGGUGGAGAUCAUGGCGGAUACAGCGGUGGCUCUAGCUUCUGCGAAUGUUCAACUGGUGGCGAAGAAAGUCAUCGGGCGACUUUGUCGAGUUAUGGACAAAACAUGUCACUCACCAACUCAGUACCUAGAGCAGCACAUGAUGUGGGACGACAUCGCAAUCCUGGCCCGAUAUCUGCUCAUGUUGUCCUUCAACAAUUGUUUGGACGUUGCGCGUCAUCUACCGUACCUUUUCCACAUCGUAACCUUCCUGGUUUGCAGUGGCUCGCUGUCGAUGCGUGCAUCCACCCAUGGUCUAGUCAUCAAUAUACUUCACUCGCUGUGUACCUGCACGAAACCUUCGUUCUCGGAGGAAACCCAACGUGUGUUGCGGCUUUCCCUGGAUGAGUUCUCCCUACCAAAGUUCUACCUGUUGUUUGGCAUCAGCAAGGUCAAAUCCGCUGCUGUGACAGCGUUCCGCUCAUCCUGUCGACAUCCGAACGAUCGCUGGCUUGGAAACGAACGAGUUUCCCAGGCUCCACCAGCCGAUCGUGAGAGGCUUUCUCUUCCCUCGCUCGAGGUUGUCACCGAUGCGCUGCUCGAAAUUAUGGAAGCCUGCAUGCGAGACAUUCCGGACUGUGAGUGGUUGAACGCGUGGACUUCGCUCGCCAAGAGCUUCGCAUUCUGCUACAAUCCGGCACUGCAGCAUCGAGCCCUCAUCGUAUACGGUUGCAUAUCGAAAAGUAUUACCGACCAAGAUAUCAAGCAAUUGCUGCGAAUCAUGGUGAAAGCGUUGGAAUCCUUCAACGACAUCGUCCUGCUUGAGGCAUUGGUGAUGUGCCUGACGCGGUUGCAGCCACUACUGCAGCCCGAUUCUAUCAUGCAUACAUCCCUCUUCUGGGUUGCGGUCAGUGUACUUCAACUGGACGAGUCCACCCUGUACGCAGCAGGGCUGGCCCUGCUCGAGCAAAAUUUACACACGCUCAACUCCCAGCAACUGUUCGACAAACAGAACAUUGCCGACGUGAUGAUGACAACGCGGGAGCCACUCGAGUGGCACUUCAAGCAGCUCGACCAUGCUGUUGGGUUGUCCUUCAGGUCCAACUUCCACUUCGCACUCGUCGGCCAUUUGCUCAAAGGAUUCCGACAUCCAACGCCGACGACGGUGUCCCGAACGACCCGGGUGCUGACCAUGUUGCUCGGAAUUAUCGCCAAACCCCACCGGAGGGACAAGUUCGAGGUGACGCCGGAUAGUGUGGCUUAUUUGACGGCUUUGGUUUGCUUCUCGGAAGAAGUCCGAUCACGGUGUCACGUGAAGCACACGCUACCACGCUGGCCCAUUGAAACAAACAGCGUUACAGAUACGAACAGCAGCGGUGACUCAUCGUCAUCGAAUGCGGCCGGUGGAUCCCAAAGUGGUUCCGGCGGACAAAAUGUCCGCAGACAGAAGUCCUGGGACAUGUUGGAUCAAUCAGCGAUUCAGUACGCGCGUCAAUCGCACAAGGUCCAACCACAUCAGGACCCAGCUAUCAGAGGAAAAUCCUGGCGAAGUUUAGACUUAACCCAUAAUCCGCACCUUGGGAUGAUCAGUCAUUCCUCGUUUGUGUCACAUGCUUGUACUAAUACAAAUACCACACCUUCCGCGUACAACACCACUAAUAUGAAUAACAACAACACCUCCACUAAUGUAAACAACACAAACAGUCAGAUCGGUGGUGGCGCGUAUCAACGGAGCGAUUUCCGCAACCGUCGCUCCUCUUCAGAACCGGUCAGUCAUCAGAUGGUUCUGGUCAAUCCAAACAUUGCUAAGCUGAUGGCCCUCAAGCAGGCUCACAUUUACUCGGGUACUAGCAUCUCCUCUGCUCCACCCUCUGCCGCCUUGGGCACAAUCAGUAAUACCACCAUUAACACAGCUUCGACCACUGCUAUUACUACCACUAAUCUGACCAUCACUUGUACAAACUCCGCCACCACGAACAGUACGCUGACGAUCAAUACGGCGAACAGUAGCGCCACUAACAGUACUAGCCCGGCACAAUCUAUCGAAGAUGUUGAGAAUGACGACGAGACGAAUAACUUUAUCGUCGACUGUUUGCAAGACAUUUCAUCGAUCAAAUGUUCAAAAAUGGCCCGACUACUGUUCAAAACCCAGCGAUCGUUGUCCGUUCCGACGCCGAAGGGACGCCAGGGCAAGUCCGCCGGAACAAGCGAUCGACAGAAGGAGCGUGGAUCGCGUUCGUCGGUUUCGAACGAAUCGAAUGUUUUACUCGAUCCGGAAGUGCUACCGGACUCAUCCACCCAAGCGUUGGUCCUAACGGUGCUGGCAACACUGGUGAAGUACACUACGGAUGAGGCGGAAACGCGUGUCCUCUAUCAGUAUCUUGCCGAGGGAUCGGUUGUUUUCCCGAAGGUUUUUCCAGUGAUACACUCCCUGCUGGACCAGAAGGUGAACAACGUGCUCUCGGUAUCCAACGACCAGAUUGUGCUUGCCUCGGUACAGAGCAUCAUUCAGAAUAUGCUGGCCAGCGAGGAUGCCUCCCAGCAACCGUUGCAUUUUCUUCAGAGCUGCGGCUUCGGGGGUUUGUGGCGAUUCGCCGGACCUUUCACUAAGUACAAUUUAAUGGUCGAAUCAUCGGAACUGUUCGUCAACUGUCUGGAGGCGAUGGUCGAGACGUGUCUCCCGGGGGACGAGAAUACCCCGAUGCCCCAAUCGCCGAUGGUCUACAAUCUCAGCUCGAGCCUGAGCAGCCUCACACUUGGCUCACCGACGGAAAAAGAAUCCCUGGAUCACGAUGGCUUUAGCGGUAGUGUUAGUUCACUGCGCAGAGCUUCCUGCAGCAAAGCACGUAGUACAAAGCAUCGAUUCGUUGAUAGCCCAACCCAUAACAUUUAGAGCGUCAGCACGGUAGCAUGCGAGCACGCAGAAACCUUAUAGACUAUGGUAUAUACACACUCAUAUAUCAACUGUGUUGUUAAUCAUGGAAUGGAGAAAAACAAAAACGAACAGAAGAGAUAGGAUUGGAAAGGAUAUGUUAUCACAUCAAAAAUCAAACAAUGAAUAAAACAAAAAAGAAAUGCACUCACAUACUAAAAAAUAAGUGAUAAGAAAACAAGAAUAGAAACCAGUGUGUGCAUGUGCAUUUAUACUAAUCAAGUGAAAUAUUUUACAAUCAUAUAAAUUCGUUGGCUCACGCUGAUUGGAGAGAUGUGCAAUGAUUUCCUGGAACAUUUUUGUGCACUGCAGAGCCAGCUUUCUGGAGUCUCAGUAUCAAUUCCAGAUGGAUCAUAUUAACGAAAACUUGAAACAACGAUAGUGCUAUCUUGCAAUUGGAUCUAACAUUUGGCUUAACUCCCACGAUUCUGCGAGUUCAUUGUGUGUCUUUUCGCCAUUAUUGUUCCAUGAAGCUAGCCGUGUUCUGUGUAUUGAUUUCCGCCCUGGAAAAACAGCUUUUGAAUCGAGUUUCACCAAGAUGAAACUGAAAUGCUUCAACAUUUGAAUCUCAGCAACAUCUUACCUAUUGGUUACUUUGCCUUCUCCGACAUUGGUGAUCUAUUAUAGUACAAACUCAAGUACUCAUUCGUUAAAAUGCAAAAUAUAGCACAUAUAUUAAACUCAUCAUUGUUACGAGUUCAAAACUCCUCCCACCUGUGCCAAUCUUCUCGCUGCAGAUAGUUUAAGCCAUGAGACAGGAUAUUUUUAUACUAAGAGAAAAAUAAUCAACAUUUUUUCGUCGAAUUAUCUUAGUGGCAGAUAUGAAACUUGUUGUAUAAUCUAUUUUUUUUUUAAUAAUGAAAAAAUCAAUAUUAUACCAUGUAUUACAACACUUCGCAUAUGUGUAUUUUGGUAGAUUCAGUCUCUCAUUUGGAGAAAAAAACACAAAUCUAAUUCAUACUGCUCCUGAGGCGCAGUGAAUAAAUGUAUUGAAAAAAAAAGAUAGAUACAUAAUAUUAUAUUAAA